AUGAUAGCCCCACAGCCCGGGGUCCCUCUAAUGUUGUACCUAACCUCAAUCCCCAAGUCCAUAGGGGCAUUAUUGGUCCAAGAUGUAGACGGAGCAGAAUGCCCGGUGUAUUACAGCAGCCGGAAGAUUCGAGGAGCAGAAGUCCGAUAUACUCCGAUAGAGAGACAUUGCUUACCUUUGGUAUUCACUGCCCAAAAGCUCAGACAUUACUUCUUAGCACAUCAGAUUCAGAUUGUUACUAGAAGUGAUCCAAUCCGAUACCUCCUCAGCAACCCUGCUCUAAUCGGGAAGGUAGCAAGGUGGUUGUUAGCAACGGGUGAAUUUGAGAUCAUAUGUGUAGCUCCCAAGGCAAUCAAAAGCCAAGCCUUAGCCGAUCUCCUUGCCCAAUUUCCAAGUGGUGACUAUGAACCAGUGAAUGAAGAAUUAAGAGGAGAGGUGCAUGCAGCUAUGGCUUCCGAGGAAAGCUUCAAGACAUUGAGCUUUGACGAAGCAGCAGCCGGAGGUAAAGGAGGAACCGUGAUAGUCCUUAUAAGCAAAAGUGGGGAAAAGUUAUAUUUGUUUUACAAACUGGAUUUCCAUUGUUCGAAUAAUGAAGCCGAGUAUGAGGCUCUUAUUUUAGGCUUGAUAGCAGUUGAGAAGCACAGUAUCAAGAGGAUUCAAAUUCAGGAGGACUCAAAGCUGAUAGUGAAGCAAGUUUCAGGACAGUUUGUCUUGAAAAAGCCUGCCUUGGCCACAUAUCGAACAACAGUCCAAAGGCUUCUUGACAAAUUUCAGAAGGUCGAAAUAGAGCAUAUGCCUCGCUCCGACAAUAAGUUUUCAGAUGCCCUCGCAACAUUAGGGGCAAGAGUUGAUAUUCCAGAGGAGGAGGCGACAAUUAUGAUCAAGAAGAGAACAGAGCCUUCGAUAAUACCCGAAGACAAAGGCCUUCCGGAGGACUAG